AUGGUGCGCGCCUGGGUGCCCGACGAGGCGUCGGCGCGAUCCGCGUCGCUGCGGGCUCUGGCGGCUCUCGCGGCGACCGCGGCCCCGCUCGCCGCCUGCGCGGAUGGCGAGCUGCCACCACCCCCGGCGCCGAUGUUCCAGCAGCAGCAGCAGCAGGGCAUGGACCAGGGGCAGCCUGGCAGGGUCACGGGACGCGUCACCUACUCGCGCUUGCUGGAGUUCGUGGACGAGGGCUCCGUGAAGCGGGUCGACCUCUACGACAUGGGGCGCACGGGCAUCGCCACUGUCUCCGUCGGCGGGCGCCAGCAGCAGCUCUCGUGCGACCUGCCAGGGGCGACCGCGGGCCUGCUCGAGAAGCUUGCCGCGAAGGGGGUUCAGAUCGACGUGCACGCCCCCGAGAAGCCCAACGAGUUCCUGAAGGUGCUCGGCGACGUGGCCUUCCCUCUGCUCAUCAUCGGCGGCCUGCUGUUCUUCCGGAGCCAGUCGGGGGGUCGGGGGGGCAUGCCCGGGAUGCCGGGCAUGCAGCAAAAGAAGGAGGUCCAGCUGACCCCGAACACCGGCGUGGCGUUUGCGGACGUGGCAGGCAUCGACGAGGCCAAGGAGGAGCUGACCGAGAUCGUCGACUUCCUGAAGGCGCCCGAGCGCUUCGUGAAGGUGGGCGCGAAGAUCCCGAGGGGCGUCCUGCUGACGGGACCACCUGGCACGGGCAAGACGCUCAUGGCCAAGGCGUUGGCGGGCGAGUCCGGGGUUCCGUUCAUCCAGUCGUCGGCUGCAGAGUUCAUCGAGCUCUUCGUCGGUGUGGGUGCCUCGCGGGUCCGCGACAUCUUCAAGCAGGCGAAGGAAAACUCCCCGUGCAUCGUUUUCAUUGACGAGAUUGACGCCAUUGGCCGUCAGCGCGGCUCCGGCAUGGGCGGCGGGAACGACGAGCGGGAGAGCAGACCCUGA